AUGGUGAUUGCUGGAGUGACCGAUUACUCGCCAAUGCGCGCUGACGCUGCGUCGGUUGCGUUCGAAAAGCCGUCGUCUGCCUCCGGAGCGUGGACCACGGCGACGGGGUCCCCGCCGCCGUCUGCUCCGAAGCCCGCUGGCCCGUCUGCCCCGGUUGUUGCUCCUCCUGCUCCGCCUGUCGCUCCUGUUCCCCCUGCUCCCGUUGUUGCGCCGGCGGCGUCUGCUCCUGCUGGGGGAGUUGCUGUUCCCCCUGUCCCUGUCCCUGGCGCCCCCGUUGCACCUGCCGUUUCUGUCCCCGGCGAGCUUGCGCCGGCGUCUGUUUCUUCCCCGAAGGCGGCGUCCGCCACCACUGUCGGCCCGGCUCCGAUGGUUGCGCCACCGGGCGUGGACCAGCCUGCUCCCGCUCUGCUGCCGGCGGCCCCUGUAGUGCAGCCGAGUCGUCCCCAGUCGCCAGACCGCCGACUAUCACCCCUUCAUUCUCCUGCACCCGAGCAGGAGCGCGAGUCGACGCGGCGCCGGCGCAACUCUCCCCGGCGCUACCAGCAGCAGGCUCAGUGGCCUGCUCGUCACAGUGGCAAUGGGGGCUGGAGGGGUCCCCGCGGGGCAUUCCGCCCGCCUGUGACAAUGGCGGAUCUUCAGCAGGAGGUGUCGCGUGCCGUGCGCGAGGAGAGGGCGGCGCAGAGCCAGAGCAGUUCACUGCGCGCCGCGCCAGCGUACGUGGCUCCUCGUCAGACUGGGCCUCCCGUAGACCCUCCGCCAGCUGCUGCCUUUCCUCCUCCUGUCCUCGCCCCAUCGCCUUCUCCUUCUCUUUCGGCGCCUGCUCCCGGCUCUCGUCUGCAUCUGCCACCUGUUCCGCCUGUUGCGGGAGUGGAGUUUGUUGCUGCGGGGGGUGGCGCUGCGGCUCAGCCGUCCCACGUCAUUGCUGCUGAUGAGCCGCUACUGUUUCUGACGGAAGCGCUGCAGCCUCCGCAGACGCGUGUUCCAGAGGCGACCCUCGGCCAGCUCCACCGCCUCACGGAGAGCCUCCACGCGCUGCUUCUGAUUCAGGUGAUCGCGCACUCAUCCCUCCCCGUGAUUCCUCCUGACACUUUCCGCGGCCGCCAGCGUGACACGUGUUUGGAUGCGGCAGACCAGCUCGCAGCGUUGCUGGCGCCCGUGUUGGCUGCGCCCGCGGAGGGUGGCGCUGCUGCUGCGGGACAGCUGGACGAGGCUGUCCGGGGCCUGAAUCGGCACUUGCGCGCAGGAUCAGGAGCCGCGGCGAUCGGCGCAAGCACACUUGUGGUCCGGGAGCUGUGGCGCUCCCUGACGGGCGUUCUUCACGCCCUUGGAGCUCACCACAUGUAG